UGAAAAGCUGAACGCACGCACUCAGAGACUGAGACUCAGAGACCCUCCAGCUGACCAGCACUCGGACCAACAUCCCUAUAGGACCAAAUCCCUCCUGCCAGAACCAGAAUCAUGCUCACUGCCAGCUUGGAGUCCCUGGGCCUGGCCCUGAGCGUGUUGGGAUCGCUGCUCGUGAUGGUCGCGUGCGGGCUGCCCAUGUGGAAGGUGAACGCGUUCAUCGAGUCCAACCUCGUGGUGGCCCAGAACAUCUGGGAAGGAUUGUGGAUGUCCUGUGUGGUGCAGAGCACCGGGCAGAUGCAGUGUAAGCUCCACGACUCUGUUCUAGCUUUGGCACAGGACCUGCAGACGGCGCGCGCCCUCACGGUGAUCUCCGCCGUCCUGGGGGUGGUGGCGCUCACGGUGACGGUGACCGGGGCGCAGUGCACCACCUGCGUCCAGGAUGAGACCACGAAGGCGCGUGUGGUGCGCGCCGGUGGGGUGAUCUACGUCCUGAGCGGGAUCUUCGUCCUGGUUCCGCUCUUCUGGAUAGCCAACAACAUCAUCGUGGACUUCCACGACCCGCAUGUCCCUCCUUCCAAGAAGAGAGAGAUCGGGGCGGCCAUCUACAUCGGCUGGGCCGCCGCGGCGCUGUUGCUGCUGGGGGGAACCCUACUCUGCUGCUCCGUCUGGGUCCGGGGCGCGUCCUCAAUCCAGUACGGGCCCACUAAGAUGAUCACUGCCCACGGAGAGCUCGACAAGAAGCAAUACGUCUGAACCGAACCCUCCUGUGGGGACAUUAACACCGCAGGGUCAAGAGCAGAACUCUACGGAACCUCGAGGACCGAGAGGUUCUGAUGAACUUUAGAGAAGCUCCAGGUUUCAAGUGUGAGGAGGACCUUAAACCUCUGAGGUCGAAGUGGUUCUGGUCGUGGUUCCGGAACCAGACUCUAUUGGCUUUUAUUUCAUGUACAGUGUUCUACUUUUUUACAUUUUGUUUUCUAAUAAACAGAACCGUUUAAA